AUGGCCCGCAAGGCACGGCAGCGCAUCAGCUAUGUCCUACCGCUCGCAAACUCCGCCGGCGGACAUAGACUCGGCGUCAAUGGCUUAGCGGUAGAUCCGCAAUACGGAAUACUAUACUCCGGAGGCAGAGACGGCGUCAUAUGCGCCUGGGACCUCAACCUUGACCUUGCGAAAGACGACGACCCGUUCCACGACCGACAUGCGGCUUCUGAGGACCCGGCAGCGAAGCGGUCUUCUACCGUAUUCCGGCAGCAAGUCCAGGCGCAUACGCACUGGAUCAAUGAUAUCGCGUUGGUACAGAACAACGAGGCGUUGGUCUCAGCUUCAUCAGACGUUACAGUCAAGGUCUGGAGACCCGCCGCACAGGACGUCCUCCCUCCGCAGACCAUUGGCCUUCAUAGCGACUACGUCAAGUGCAUAGCUUCACCGGGUCCCCAUGCGAAUUGGGUCGCAUCAGGAGGACUGGACAGGAAGAUAUGUUUGUGGGAUCUCAAUGGACGUGGCAAGAAACUUGAGAUUGCGGUGGGCGAAGAUGAGAACACGGCCAAGGGAUCAGUCUAUGCGCUGGGCGUUACCGGGUCCAUAAUUGCAAGCGGCGGGCCGGAGAGUAUAGUCCGAGUCUGGGACUCGCGGUCUGGGAAGCGCGUCACGAAGUUUGUCGGGCACACGGACAACAUCCGGGAUGUGCUGAUCGCGCAGGAUGAAGACACGAUCAUGACCGCGUCGUCGGACCAGACGGUCAAAGUCUGGUCUAUGACAGCCGGCAGAUGCAUGUACACCCUGACCAUGCACAAUGAGAGCGUAUGGUCUCUAUACUCGGACCAUCCCCAGCUCUCCGUUUUUUACUCCAGUGACCGAUCGGGUUUAGUGGCCAAGACCGACGUCCGCAAUUGCAUUGAGAUGGACGAGGGACUAUCGGUCGCUGUUUCGCAAGAACACGGGGGAGUCAACAAAGUUAUCGCAGCCGGCGACUACAUCUGGACAGCUACUUCUAGCUCUAGCAUCAACCGCUGGAAGGAUGUCGAUACCGAGCUAGACAUACAGACGCAAGAAAGUUACAGGUGGCACCGUGCCAGCAUUGGAACUAUAAGAUCAAAGAUGUCCUCCCCGUCUGCGCCUCCGCCACAAUACCAGUCAUCUGGCAGUCAACCAAACGGCAUCGUCAAGAAACAGAUUCCUCGCAAUUGUAUACUGAGACUGUCAAAUGCAUCGCCUUUCCCGUUUCGGGAUGAAGAAACCUCGACAAACUAUACUCUCUCCACUGCGCGCAAGUCAUCGAACGCCUUUGCUGGACCAGACAUUGGCGCUGCCGUACCGUUCAACGAUUUGCCGGAUCAUUCCAUCGAAGGACAGAACGGUCUCAUCAAGCACGUGUUACUGAACGAUCGGAGAAGAGUGCUGACACUAGAUACGGCCGGGGAAGUCGAAUUGUGGGACCUCUUACAGUGUAUUCCGGUUAAAAAAUUUGGCAAGCGUCAUCUUGAGGAUGUUGCCCCCGAAGUCAAUACUACGGAGACCGUUGCGCACUGGUGUGCUGUAGACACACGCACUGGAAGUUUGACGUGCGUGCUGGAAGAGAAUUAUUGCUUUGAUGCUGAGAUGUAUGCUGAUGAGCUGCAACUGGAGGAGAAGAUUGAUUUCCGCGAAGAUCAGCGGAUAAAUCUCGGUAAAUGGAUACUGCGAUACCUCUUUUCAAAUCUGAUCGAUGAAGAGAUCAAGCGAGACGAGGCCUACAGGCAAAAACUUCUCCGCGAGGGAACUCAGGGUCUCUCACGCCCAGGCGCUCCGAAUAGUAUUCAGCUCCCCAACUCCAAUAUGAACGGUUGGCAAGAUCCAUGGUCAGGGCCAACGUCCGCUUCCACGCUACGACCGACCAACAGCUUCCAUCUGCCGCUGCAGACGCCAGGUCUUGCUAUCGGCCUCGCAACGCCCGCCAUCGCCCCUCUCGUGGGCCACAGUGGUCAACAUCCAGUUAUGCUGUCUCCAACCGCCGAGGAAGGGCCCUCGCUGGAACGGACGACAACACAACAAAGCCACUCGCGGGGAAACUCGUCCGAUCGGCCAGGCGACUACUUCUCCACCGCUCCUACAUCGCACCCUCAGCCGCCGACCACACCGGGCGUGACAAACGGCCACUCAGCGACUGUCGACGGGACAGACGCCGUACCUCAGUCACCAACAGACGGCGAAAAGGAAACUCCAGCCAAAGAAGGCGUCUUCGGCAAGUUCCGCAUGAACAUGCCCAAGAACAUGUCCUUCGGCAUGGGCACAAUGAAGAAGCUCGGCCGCACACAAACCGCCGAAGCAGCGAAGACCGUCGUUGUAGAGGAGAAAUCCGACACCGACUCGGCUUCGACAUCUUCCAAGACAGAGGAGCGGGUCAUCGAGGAUAACUUCUUCGGUACUGUCCAGCGUAUACGGCACGGCUACGAGGAUCAGCUACAGGCGGGCGCGCAGACCCUGGUAUCGGGUAUCACGCCGAGCUUGCCGAAUGAGACACCUGUGCUUAAGCCGCCGUUGGCGACGACGAUCUUGAUACAAGAGGAUAGGCCGGAGGCGGGCGGCGUGGCGGAUCUGUUCGAGGGCAAGGUGGGCACGUUGGGUUCGCAGGCUGAUUUGAUUGAAAAGGUGGCGCCCAUGUGGCUGGGUGACGUGGUACUGCGGAACCACAUCCCCCUGAAAGAGAUUGUUAAGGUCUCGUUUAUCCUAGAGCCAUUCCAGGGCCUAUUGCCGCCAAUCUCGACUGACGGUAAUAACCGAUUGAAUGCAAACCGCAUGCUACGGGCUCGGAAGAUCCUGGCAUAUAUCGCCGAGCGGAUAGAACCCCCGUCCGAAGAUCCAGAACCCAACCCGAUGAAGCCUGAAGAGUACCUCGAGCUUUACUGCCAGAAUCAUCUCAUAUCACCUACAACGACUCUCGCCGCAAUACGGACACAUAUAUGGCGAGGCGGCCAAGAUGUGGUGCUGUACUACAAAGCGAAUGGGCGGAAGGAGAUUCGGCAGCCUCCUGCGCAAGUCUUGGGUCCGCGGUAUUACCCUGUUCGGAGCAGCACGGAGUCGGAUAGAAGGAUGUCGGCCGGAUCGUCUACUAAAAGCCAGCGCGGCUGA